UUUGUAUAUAUAUAUAUAUAUACUUGUAUAGAAAAUAGAAGCAUAGAAAAGCAUAUAGGAAACAAGUCAGUGGCGACAGUGAGAAUUCUUUCCAUGUAGGUGAAAGUAAAAUUCUUUCCACUAUUUGCCAGUUGAAUGUUCAAAGUUCCAAUCGUUCACACCUACUAGUGCAUUCACCCUUCUAUAUGACAUUCCUCAUCUCGUUAAAGAUGAUUUCAUAAUAUUCAUCAUUAGCCUUCUUUCUCUAUCUAUUAUUAUACCUUCUCUCAAACCUCAACAAUUGUGAGCAUUAUUUUAGUCUACUCUAAUUUAAAAUUCUAUAUUCUUUUUUCUAUUCAAAAUUGAAUUUCUUUCUUUUUAACUAUAAAAACUAAUUUAUUUAUAUUAAAUGAUUUCUUACUAAAAAAAAAAACAGUUUUUGAAAACCAGAGUAAGUUCAAAGACCCCGCCAUGCAAUAGGGAAGACGCAAGGGAAAACCUGUUUGAUCAAUGAUAUAGGCUUCUUGAUCAAAUAAGUAUAGUAACGCGACUCAUCUAUAAGAUAAACUCUCACAAGAAAAAUGUCAAGAAAAGGGGUUAAGUGUCCAGUAAGCUGGUCGUUUUUGAACGAAAAUAUCGAAGAUGUGGAACAAGUUAGUCUCAAACCGGAAAUUCAACAGCUAUUGAACUGUGCUAUAAAUGAGGACGUAUUUCUUGAAUAUCCAUUUGCAUAUGUUCCUUCUGAAAUAGUCAAAAAACUCUCAAACAAAUAUCAAUCGCCAUUUGAAAAAUAUAAAGAUCAAAUUGAAUUGUACAAGGAUUCAACAUUUUUGAUAGGUUAUGCUUCAAGGGAAUUAAAAUCAAAUGAAUUUUUUAUUUGCCUUACGGAAAUUGCACGUGAUAUAAUGGUUCAAAGGAAUAGAGAUAGAAAUAGAAAGAUUCAUGAUUAUGUAAGAAUGAAAGUGGAAAAGACCCCACGACCCUGGAGUUCAUUGGGAACUGAGGAUGACCUUGACUUUACAUUCUUAAAGAAUGCAAGACCCUAUUAUGAAGUUGAUGUUUCUUUGCCAAUUUGUCACAUACGACAGAAUCGUGAUCUUCAAGAUCGUGCCGUUGAUUGUAUUCGAGAUGGAUACGUGAAGAUUGUCCCACAAUACGAAAUUUUUGAAAAUGUUAAAAUGAACCUAAUUUGCAAAUCAGUACAAACAAAUCUUAUAAGUCGAGAGAAUAGCGUUCAAACAUAUCCCGGAUAUCCAAAAAACAAAUGGACUCAAUAUGAAUAUAAUUGUUUUUCAAAUGAAGAGACGUUAAAAAAUAAUGAAAAUACAGAAAAUGAGGAAGAAGAAAUAGAUGAAAGUGAAAAAUACACGAGUAAAGAAUCAUUACAAACUGACGAGGAAAAAAAUGAAGAUAAGUUAAAAAAAUUAUCAUCUUUAGAAUUAUUUCUCGAUAAUAAUAUUUGUGAAGUGACAGAUGUCAUUAGAUACAAUACAGUCAUCAAUUUACACACCGAUGACAUAUCAAAUCUCAUUCAAAACAUUGCCCAAGAACCAAUACUCGUCAAUCAAAUUAUAUACAAAGAAAAUAAUUCUUUAAUUAAUUUAAAUUUCACUAAUAAAAAAAUUAUCUCCGACAUUUCCUGGCAUCCAAUUACAAAUGAUAUUGUUGCAAUAUGUUAUGUUCAUGAAAAAGAAACUAAAAUAAAAUCAUCCACUAUUAAUAAAAUGAAAAAUAAUUUUAACAACAAUGCUGCCGAUUUACAAUUAAAUGCCAAUGAAGAUAAAGAGAUUGACAAUGAUGAUAAGCUUCAACAAGAUAAGAAUAACUCCGCACAAGAUAAUAAUCAAAAAAAUGAAGAUUGUAAAAAUGAAAUCAUCGAAGACAAUGAAGACAAUCAUUAUCUUGAAAAUCAGGUGCUAAUUUGGUCCUGUUCAGAACCUCUUUAUCCAAAAAUGAUAUUAGCAUCUCAUGAUACAAUUCAGGUUAUAUCAUUUUGUCCAUACAAACCGGAUAUUCUUGUCGGAGGUAGUUCGAGUGGACAAAUUGUUAUUUGGGAUCUACGAAAUUUAUUAAUUUUUAAUGAAACUUAUUUUGAAAUUCCAAUUAUAAAACCCGUGGUAGUAUCGAAUCAAGAAACUUUAUUUAAUUUUCCAAUAAAAGAUAUACAAUGGUUACCCUCAUGGUAUGAAAUACGAGUCGAUGGUAGUUUACAAAAAUCAUUUGCAAAAAGUUUACAAUUUGCCACAGCUUCUGAUGAUGGUCUUUUGUCAAUUUGGGAUCUACGAUGGCAAGUGAUUUCCCGACCUAGUUCAAAAACAAGAAAAACUAAUAUUCUUGAAUCCUUUGAUCCAAAGAGACUUAAUGGUAUUCUUCGGCCUAUUUAUCAAAUUCUACUUCAACUUCCUAAAGAAUCUUGGUGUUUUUCACCAACUAGUAUAUGUCUUCCUUUUGUCAAGGAUGGAAAUUUAAGGACAAAAGAUUUGGAUGAGAGAACAAAUGAAUUAUUAAAAAGAUUUUUGGUAGCAACUGCCGAAGGUGAAAUUAUUAAUUGCUCUUGGAUGGGACAAGAAUUUGAAACAGAAUCAUCAUCUUUGGAAAGAUGUAAUUUUUUGAAUCGUUCUACUGUUCACGAUGGACCAGUGUUGGAAAUUUCUAGAUGUCCAUUUUUGGAGGAUGUGAUAUUGACAAUUGGAGGGAGAAUUUUUGCUAUUUGGAAAGAUGAUUAUUUAGAUUCUCCUUUACUAUGGAGAAAAAGAUGUUGUUUUUAUACUUCCUGCUGUUGGAGCAGUAGAGCAGGAAUUUUUCUCUUAGCUAGAUUUGAUGGUGAACUUGAAAUUUGGGAAAUUACAAGAAAAACUCAAGAACCAAUUUAUUUACAAUUUAUAUCCACUGGACCAAUUACAGGCCUAUAUUCACGUCUCUCGUCAAAAAUUAUUGGAAUUUGUGAUCAUAAUGGAGCCUUUAAAAUUUUCUCCGAACCAGAAGAAUCCGAUGAAGAAUCCCUUGAAAGAAUUGAAUGGUUUGAGGAAUUUGUCUGGAGGGAAGUGAAAAGAAAGAGGAAUUUCUUUCUUUGGCAAUCAGAUUUUCUAAAAACAAAUCCCAGAGCUAUUGAGAGGAAAAAAACACGCGCUGCCGAUGAAGCUAAAAGAAGACAUCAAGAAGCAAGGGAAAAAUUUCUAAAGGAGCAAGAGGAAUUGUUAAGACUCGAAGCUGAAAAGAAAGCUCAAAUGAUUAAGAAACCAAAAGCUGAUAUUUGGAAAUCUCAAGAUCAUAAGAGAAUGAAUAAAAUUCUAUUAAAAAAAAAGGGAUACAAUCCUUUGCAAUUAGAAGAUAGUAGAUUGCCAUUGGUUCAACAGCAAAAUGAUAGAAAUUUUAAAUUAAAAAAAGCUCAACAGGAAAUAUUAUUAAAGGAAAAAUAUUUCAAGGAUCUUUUAUGUAUGGAAUUACCAUAUGUUGAAAGAAAGGAGAAAUCGGAUAUAAAAAAUAUUUUUCAAAAAGGAUCUGAAGAAGAAAAAAAAAAUUAUAAAGAAGAAUUUUCCAAAAUUAAAGACGAAGCUCUUAAAAAACUACAUGAAACAUCUUUUGUUCCAAAAUUUGAUUGGAACUCUGCCAUAAGAGAAGGAAGACGUAGGGAGUUGUUAGUGAAAAUAGAUUGAUUUACAAAUUUUACGAGGUUUGUUUUGAAAUUCAAAACAUGAAUUUUCAUUUGUAUUAUAUCAUUCUAUAUUUUCUUUAAUUACUUAAUGUAUAUUCUAUAAAUGUAACCAAAUAAAAUAUCAAAAUUUUAAUAGCUCAUUUUUCCUCAAUAUUAUUUUAAAGAUGAAAAAUGUAGAGAAUAAAAAUUGAAUAAAAUUCUUGUGUUGAGCACAUGUAUAAAUAUAUUUACAGGUUAAAUGUUUAGCAUAAGCUUGACAAUGACUAUGUAAGGGGCGAUAAGAUAAGCGAAUCUUCAACACAUUCUGCUUUGCAAGAAACACAAUUUGCGGUGUGAAAAGAAGAAAUUUGCACUUUAUUUUACCAAUAGAAUUUCUUUUCAAAAGUAGAUUAAGCUUAGUAAUGUUCCCACAGGGUUUAGAACAAAAUAUAAUAUACAUAACAAGUUAUUCUUGUUAGGCAAUUAUAUUAAAAAUUUCAU